GUUGCGUUGAUAGCAGUCAGGGCAGCAGCCAGCAACACGCUGACAAGGACAUGAACUGAACGGUGUGAACAGCAGCCCCUGACGCCAACAUGUCCGCCUAAAAAGGGACUCUAGAUUUAUAACCUGUAGUGGAAUGGUAAAGAUAAGUCCGAAGACACGCUGAAAGACAUCGUGUGUGUCUGUUUGUGUGUUUAGGGAAGAUGAGCCUGGAUCAGGGUGACUACUCUCCGCUGAAACAUUUCGUUUUGGCCAAGAAGAAGAUCAGCGAUGUGUUUGAACAACUUCUGAAAUAUGUUGAGGAGAGUGCCCAGUUUGUGGAAGGCACGUGCACAGAUGCGUCUCUCGAGCAUGUGUCCAGUAGAGACCAGUUGGACCAGAUCCAGUCCUACACCAGUAAGCUGGCCAUCAUCAAGGAAGUGCUCGCACGCAGACACAUGAAGGUGGCCUUCUUUGGCAGGACGAGUAAUGGUAAGAGCACGGUGAUCAACGCGAUGCUGCGUGACCGUGUGCUGCCCAGUGGGAUAGGCCACACCACCAACUGCUUCCUCAGCGUGGAGGGAACAGACCAGGAGAAGGCCUACCUGAAGACCGAGGGCUCGGAGGAGGAGCAGAGCAUCAAGACGGUGAACCAGCUGGCCCAUGCUCUGCAUAUGGAUGAGAGUCUGGAUGCCGGUUGCCAGGUCAGGGUCUUCUGGCCCAAGAGCAAAUGUGCCCUACUCAGAGACGAUCUGGUGCUGUUGGACAGCCCUGGUACAGAUGUGACUACGCAGUUGGACAGCUGGAUCGAUAAGUUCUGUCUGGAUGCUGAUGUAUUUGUACUGGUGGCCAACUCCGAAUCAACACUCAUGAACACCGAGAAGCAUUUCUUCCACAAGGUGAACGAGCGUCUGUCCAAACCCAACAUCUUCAUCCUCAACAACCGCUGGGACGCCUCCGCCUCCGAACCAGAGUACAUGGAUGAGGUGCGUAAGCAACACACUGACCGGUGUAUUAGUUUCCUGUGUGAAGAGCUGAAGGUGGUGGAUUACGACCAGGCGCCCAAUAGGAUCUUCUUCGUCUCCGCCAAGGAAGUGCUCAACUCGCGCAUGCAGAAAGCGCAGGGUAUGCCAGAGACGGGUGGCGCGCUCGCUGAAGGGUUCCAGGAUCGACUCAAAGAGUUCCAGUGCUUUGAGAGACGCUUUGAGGAGACUAUCUCGCAAUCAGCAGUGAAGACCAAGUUUGAGCAGCACACACACCGCGCACAGCAGAUCACGUACAACGUCAAGGCAGUCAUGGACGCCAUCAACAUCGCCUCAGCGGAAAAAAGGGUGGUGUCUUUGGAGGAUCGUGAGUAUUUGAUGGACAGGUUGGAGUUUGUUCGUAAUCAGCUGAACCUGCUGAUCGAAGAGAUCAAGAAGAGAAUUAAAGCCAUCACGGAGGAAGUGCAACAACAGGUGUCCAGUGCCAUGGGUGAGGAGAUUUGUCGUCUCUCUCUGCUGGUCGAUGAGUUCCAAUCAGACUUCCACCCCUCACCGCACGUGCUGAAGAUGUACAAGGGGGAGCUCCUGAAGCAUGUUGAGGAGGGCAUGGGGAAGAAUCUGGCUUUCCGCUGCUCAGACGCCGUCAACGCCUCAAUGCAGAGCUCACAGAAGGACAUGAUAGACCUGAUGCAGCCUCUGCUGCCCCCUGCUGUUCAGGGUGAGGUUGCGACUCUGGUGCCACGCGGACGAUUCCAGCUCAGCUACGAACUCAACUGCGGAACCCUCUGCUCAGACUUCCAGGAGGACAUUGCUUUCCGCUUCUCGCUGGGUUGGAGCGCUCUGGUCACUCGCUUCCUCGGCCCCACAAACGCCAAACGUGCACUCAUGCUAGUGGACAACAGCCUUCAGAACAACCUACAGGUUGCGCGCCCGCUGGCUGCUGCCACCACCCCCGGCUCCUCAGUGUCUCUUCCACAGCAGCAGGAGGCAGCGUUGACUCAGGAGGAACUGAUGCUCACCAUGGUCAACAACCUGGCCUCCGUCACCUCACGCACCUCUAUGAGCGUACUGGUGGUGGGGGGAGUGGUGUGGCGUACAGUCGGCUGGCGCCUCAUAGCCCUGUCCAUGAGUAUGUACGGGAUGCUGUAUCUGUAUGAGCGGCUGACGUGGACCAGCAGAGCCCAACAGAGGGCGCUCAAGAGGCAGUUUGUGGACUUUGCAUCAGAGAAACUCAACAUGAUCGUCUCAUUCACAUCAGCCAACUGCAGCCACCAAGUACAGCAGGAGAUGGCCACCACGUUUGCGCGUCUGUGUCAGCAGGUGGACAUCACCCAGAAGCAGCUGGAAGGAGAAAUAAACACACUCACACACAAGAUCACGCAACUAGAGACCGUGCAGCAGCGCUCUAAAACACUCAGGCACAAAGCGUCGGAGUUGGAGGGUCAGUUGGAUGAUUUCACCAACCAUUACCUGAGACCCCAUCUGUCCUGAGGACAUUACACCAGGCCGUGUGUGUGUGUGUGUGUGUGUGUGUGUGUGUGUGUGUGUGUGUGUGUGUGUGUGUGUGUGUGUGUGUGUGUGUGUGUGUGUGUGUGUGUGUGUGUGUGUGUGUGUGUGUGUGUCUCAUGGAGCUACGAACUGUAUUUUUUUUCUCUCCCAGGAGAGUGUGUAUGUGUUCAGAAUCACACACACACUCAGACACAUGAAUUCCCAAAUAUUGUGAAACUGCAUCAUGCUGUGUGUGUGUGUGUGUGUGUGUGGCUGUGGCCUUUUCCAAGGAGGGAUUUUACCUCUCACCCUGUCCAUUCAACACUACCCUCCCUGUAUUGUGUGUGUGUGUGUUUGUGUGUGUGUUUGUGUGUGUGUUUGUGUGUGUGUGUGAGAGAGAGAGAGAGAGAGAGAGAGAGAGAUUGUGAGAAAGAUAGUGUGUGUGUGUGUCUGAGACAGAGGAAAAGAGUCAAGCAAAAAAGGAAGUGCGUGUGCGUGUAUGUGUGAUGGCUGAUGUUUACGUGUAUGAAGUUUGUCCAUAUUUGAAGGGAACCCCUGUCCUAAGCAACAAGUUGCCUAGCAACGCGCUGCUCCAGAUGAACUCACUGUAGCCCACUACUGCCUUCUUUUCUCCCGGGACGUGUGUGUGUGUGUGUGUGUGUGUGUGUGUUUGUGAGAGAGAGAGAUGUAUAUUGUUUGUUCUACUGAGAGAUUUCCAGGAGCAUGCAUCAAUUUUGAGUGGUUUUCUCCUGAGAUAUGUUUGUUAAUAAACAAGGAGCGUUGGCACACGUGUGUAUGUGUGCGUGCGUGCGUGUGUGCAUGCGUGCGUGUGUGCGCUCCUCCCAUGAUUUGAAGAAAGUCCUUUGGUUCCUGCUGUAGUUUUGUAAUCAGUAGAAUGGAACACACACCUGUGAAUGUGUGUGUGUGUUUGUGUUCAUGACCCUUUGAGGUCUUUGGAGACUCGAGUGACUGACUGAGUGUCUCUGUGGACUGAUGAGCUAAUAAAGUGCUCUACUUUACUAACA